AUGUCGUCCAUGAUCUCUUUCUCGUUGAAUAUUAAUACUCAAAGUAUUCAUGCUCAUCAAAUCCGUCCUGUAUUUCCCAAAAUCCCGACGGAGAGCGAUGUCAAACAAACGAUAACAAUGAAUAAGAUAUCCUCGACUAUACCAAAGAGAUGUCAACGUUUACAAGCAAAACAAGGCUUUCUUCCAUUAACUCCGACGAUUGUGAAUACACCUUCGCCGAUCAACAUCGAUAUUCAAUCGAAACUCGAAUCAAUUAUUUUGAAAACGGUGGAUUGUGAGAUGAUUGACCUAUUCAAUCAAAUGAAAUCGAAGCCAACGACAACGGCCUUCAACGAUAAUCUUUCGGUUAUCUUGGCUAAACUUGUACCAAGUGAACACAAAUACUUCUCAGGCAAUAUUGUCAUCACAGAUAAAAUCGAUUCAUUAUCCGAAGAUGCACAUAAUUCGAUGUCUCAGGAACGUCGUAUCGUUAUGGAUCAACUUCGUACGCUUGAAUUUGUACAACUGCAAGCAUUUGCAAGAGUUCUCCAACAACAUAAAAAAAAAUCACAAUCCACCAUUGAUAAAAUACGACAACAGAAUAGUCGAAUACCGCCUGCUCAAUUACUUGCUGAAUCGAUUAAAAAACACUCGUUGGAUAAAAUAACAUUUUCUCUGAUUAUGGAACGUGUGUUAAGCAAAGUCGAUAAUCUUUUAUCAGCAGUACGCGAUGAAUGUUACAUGUCAGCUGUUAGCAAUGUCCAGUCAUUAGUGCAAAAAGAUCUUGGCACAACGACCAUGAUGACGAAGAUCGAUCAAGAACUGACUCGACAACGAAACAAAGUCAAUCAUUUGACCUUAGUAAAUGAAAAGUACCAUCAGAUCAUAACUCGUCUGAUACAAGAUACGCAACAGGUUCAUGACAUGGCCCAACAUGAUGCGAAAGAAGCUCAUAAUAUGCGAUUAUUCAUACAAUCGCUACACGAUGCUGCCUAUCAGCACCGUUUGGAUCGAUGCGAAUGUAAAAUAAUAAAACGAUCGACGAACCAGCUAGAACUUGGUUUAUUUGAAAAUCUAAUUCAUAUUCAACUCGACGGAAAAGCAAUCGGCCGCGUUGUAACUUGGUCGAAUAUAUCCGACGCCAAUGAUGAUACAAUCGAAUGUAAAAUUACUUAUUCUACUGAAGAAAAUUUAAAUCCAAGUCAACAAUUGGCGUACGAAUUACUUAAAAAUGAAAUCAAUACUUAUUGGAAUCGUCCGUUGACAAGUACAAUAUCUAUGACAUACCUUGUUGAAUUUGUUCGAAAAUUAAUUGAAUAUUCACUUAUUGCAAAUAACUUAUCACGUACAUUGAUUGUUUGUCUUGAAACAUUACCAUGUAAACUAAUUGAUAAUAAACUUACGAUCGAUUGGUCAACUUCACAAAUACGCUUAGAUAUCGAAUGGGAACUUGAUGAACGGCUAUUUCGCGAUUGUCCAUUGAAAUCUUCUUACUGCUGUCAACCUCAACAUAAUGGAUUGUGUAAUGAUCUGCAGAUUCUUCUUGAUCGAAUGAAACCAAUCAAUGGUUCUAUUGCAAGUCUUUACGAUCAAGUUGAAAAACACGUUCGACCAUGGAUCAAAAUGCUCGAAGGUCAUCAGAUUGAAAAUGUCGAAAAAAUGCAAGGAAAUGUAUCGUUACACAAAUUAAAACAUUCAUUAGAGAAAUUAUUACUCGAACAAAAUUAA